CGGAUCCCUUCACGGUAACUGUUUAUUCUCGGUCCUUUUUUCCCUUUUUUGCGAAACAGUUCAACAGAAAAUACUAAAGUCACUAGAUAUAUUAUUCGUUUUUGCAUAGGCUGUGGGAGUUGCAAAGCCAUUCAACUUUCGCUGACUAUUGCUGCUCGUGGAUUCCGUGACCCAUUUGUGCUCAUAUAUAUAUAUAUAUUAUAUUGUGCUUGCUGUGAUUGCUUGGCUGAUAUAAAUAGGACAGGGUCCAAGUGCUGUCUGCUUGUGGUCGGGAAUUAGAUCAUUGCGUGACUCUCGCUUUCUCUCAAGCUCUUCAGGGAACACUGACAGCCAGCGGCGGGUGGAGUUCCAGUAGGAGAUGUCAACUGCAGAGCCGAAGCGAGUUUCAACGAAUCUUGCCACAAUGUACGGAAGAAUCGCUACAGGUCAUGAACGAAUGAAGAUAUGCUUCUGUACGGAUUUGGACAAAUCUGUGCUGAUUAGUAACUUCGAGAAGCGCGGCUGGGUUCAGGUCUCUGCCGAUGAUGAUUGGAACUUUUACUGGGCUGGAACGGGCACUUGUCGGAACAUUUUCAGCGUCGACAGUGGCUACCGAAUGCACGACAAUCAGCUCAUUAAUCACUUUCCUAACCACUACGAGCUUUCUCGGAAAGAUCUUUUGGUUAAGAACAUCAAACGUUAUCGGAAAGAUCUGGAACGAGACGGAAACCCAUUGGCGGAGAAGACAGAGGUGAACAUUCCCGGUGGAUCGAAAUACCUGUAUCUGGAUUUCAUUCCGGUAACAUUUGUCCUGCCAGCGGAUUACAACAUGUUCGUCGAAGAGUACCGUAAAAACCCUCAGAGCACGUGGAUUAUGAAGCCAUGCGGCAAGUCACAAGGUGCGGGAAUAUUUCUUAUCAACAAACUGUCGAAGCUGAAACGUUGGUCGAGAGAGGCGAAAACAUCAUUCCAUCCGCAGAUUGGGAAGGAGAGUUACGUCAUUUCAAGAUACAUCGAAAAUCCGCUACUGAUAGGAGGCAAAAAGUUCGACCUGCGUCUGUAUGUGCUCGUCACUUCGUUUCGACCUUUGAAGGCCUACCUCUUCAGGCUUGGAUUUUGUCGCUUUUGUACGGUCAAAUACGAUACCAGUGUCACGGAGUUGGACAAUAUGUAUGUUCAUUUGACCAACGUUAGCGUUCAGAAACAUGGUGGGGAAUACAAUAAUCAUCACGGUGGCAAGUGGAGUGUACAAAACUUGCGAUUGUAUUUGGAGGGAACUCGCGGCAAGGAGGUCACCGACAAACUGUUCGGCGCAAUCACUUGGCUGAUCGUGCACUCGCUGAAGGCAGUGUCCAGCGUUAUGGCGAGUGAUCGACACUGUUUCGAGUGUUAUGGUUAUGAUAUCAUUAUCGACAACACGUUGAAGCCAUGGCUAGUGGAAGUGAAUGCUUCGCCGUCACUAACUUCGACGACGGCAAACGAUCGCAUAUUGAAGUACAAAUUGAUCGAUAACAUCCUCAAUAUUGUCCUGCCACCCGAUGGUAUUCCGGACGUGAGAUGGAGCAAAAUCCCCAGCCCAGAUAUGCUCGGUAAUUUCGAUCUACUGAUUGACGAGGAGAUUGCUGCCCAGGAUGAUGGUAUCCAGAGCACGAACGGAAAAAAUAGAUCCAACAAUAAUCGGUGGAAAUGAGAGUAAAUUAAAAACACGCAGGAUUUUAUUUUCAAUCAUUAUAUCUUUUAUUGUUCGUUUUUUUUUUCGUUCACUGUUUUCGCCCGAUUGACAAAUUGUUUGAUUUGCAAGCGUUUAUUUUUUCUUCGUUGCAAACAUAUUUUCAAUUUCAAAUGACAAAUGUUCUCGAGCUCAUACCGUUUGUGGGUGGAACUCAUUUUCAAAUUAUUUACUGGUGAAUCCAGUUUCUCAAAUCUUAACAUGUAAAUCUGUAUUUUCCGUUCAAAGAUUGUUUGAUCAAAAUAAUUAAUUCAACUAUCCCUAUCUCUUCGUUUCGUUCUGCUCCUUACUAGCUAGGUUUGGUUCCAGCAAAUUGAUGCUACCCUCUUUCGUUAAAUACAUUUCUUCUCUUGUGUUUUUUUCCUGUUAAAUUUAUAUAAUUUUUCGGUACUAUUAUAAUUGUGCGAAUGUUUUCUUAAUUGUCAUGGAUUGCCAAAAUCUAAGUCUUUGAAAUUAUUCUACGUAAAGUUAUAUUCGAAUUGAGCUCUCGUAUGAGUGGUGAUGGAAAGAAUGAAAAUCGUAGGAUUUUUAACAGUAAGUGUAUAAAACGACCGUGUGUUUACCUAAGUCAAUGAUAUUCAAAACUAGGGAUAUCGGAUAAAAGUAGGCAGCAAAUAACUCAAACGAUAGAGAUUAUAAAUACUCACUUCUAAAUAAUCCAGUUUAGCGAUUAGGUUUUACUAUCAAUGUUUGAAAAACUAUACAUUAUAAGUAGAAGUAAACGUGCGUGAAAAAAAAGGAUUCAAAAAAUGUAGAUGACGAUAGAUAACGGGCCGACCGUCAACAACGUUGACGUUUGUGUCGUUUAAAUUGGGAAUCAACCAAAACUUAAAGAUGAAGGCAAUGGACCCCUCUACUUGGCCGCAAGGAAUUGAAUUUCGCGAAUUCGUUGACAAUGGCGCCUGCACACGUCAUUUUUUAAACCUGUGCCAAUAGUCGACCCGGGUGCAACGUCGACGUAACAAUUCUGCCAACCUCAAUCAGUACUCGUGAUUACAUGACCGUUUAUUAUCAAAAGUUCGUGGUUUACGGACUAAAAUGAACGCUUUGCUUCACUCGUUGCUCUCCUGUGAUUUUGACGUGGUAAUUUUCACCGAAACGUGGCUUCAUACCGACAUUGCGAAUACAGAGCUGGCAGCUAACUAUACAAUCUAUCGUUGUGAUCGGAAUUCUCGCACCAGCUCAUUUCAACGCGGUGGCGGCGUUUUGAUUGCUGUCAAUCCCAGACUUAAUUGCAAAUCUGUGCAUCUGUUAAACAGUGAGAAUCUCGAACACAUUGCCGAACAAUUUUUUUCUUCUACACCGAUCGCUCUUCCUAUGGUGCAUCUAUAUUCGUCCCAAUAGACAUCUGGAUAUUUAUACUUAGCACGCCGAGUCUGUACAACAACUUUAGUGUGGAAUUUUGAAGAAGACAUCGACGGCCUGUUGCCAUUCAUCGCAUCGUCUGAGUAAGAACUGGCUCUCGUCGAACUUGCAAAUCAAUUAUCUAGUCAAUGUGAAUGACAAGUUACAUGACCUGGUACUCGUUAGCGAUUCAGACGGCAUUGAGCUGAUUGAACCACUAUCCGCUAUUUUAAAAAUCGACUAUCAUCAUAAGCCGUUACUUUUUGAACUUGACGUCCAUUCGCCUGGCCAGAUCUGCCCGCCCGGUGAUCCAGCAGCUCGCAGUGAGUAUGACUUUGCACGGUAUGAUUUUAACGCUAUCAACGCGCGAAUCGGCUCAUUGAAUUGGACAGAACUUCUUGACCUCUCUGACAUUGAUGCAGCCGUCUCUGCCUUCUACGACAACAUAUAUCGAAUAAUUAAAGAUACCGUUCCUGUUGAAAGAUAUAAGCCUUCCCUAAAUUUCACCCAACAGUGGUGGAAUUCCGAACUCCGUAAUCUGCGUAACCGUCUGCGAAAAGCUCGGAAACGUUAUUUCCGCUCCAAAACAGCUGCAAAUAAAUCUGCUGUACAGUUGGCCGAAGCCGAGUAUAGUGGUUUAUAUGAACUUAGCUUUCGACAGUACAUUGACAAUUUGCAGAUAGUUUCAAGAUAAAUACAUCAUCUCUCUGGAAUUUCGUAAAUUCCCGGAAAGACGCAGCACGUAUUCCAGUAGACGUUACAUACUGUAGUCAAAGCUCCUCUGACGCGGCUACCUCUGCUAACCUCUUCGAGGAAUUCGUCCAAACCGUUUACGAAGUCGAUCAAGCCCAACUCCGCAGCAAUACAUCGAUAACUUGUCUAGUUUUGAUAUUCGUCUGCAGCAAGUCACUUUCAUCCACGACGAUAUUCUCAAAGCCCUCUCUUCUGCCUCGAAAGGUUCUGGUCCGGAUUGAAUUCCUCCUUCCUUCAUUAGGAAUUGUGCUGCAACAUUGACCACCCCCGUGAAGUUUAUUUUCAAUUAGAUCACUUCUAGACGUGUCUUUCCUGAGUCAUGGAAGCUAGCAUCCAUAACCCCGAUCUUCAAAUCUGGAAGCAUUCACAGCGUGGAAAAUGACCGUCCAAUCUCGACACUGAACAGUUUGACGAAAGUCCUAGAAAGACUGCUGCACGAUAAGCUGUACACGGCAGACCGAUCUUUAACCUCAGAAUUUGAGCACAGGUUUUUGAAGCAACGCUCCAACGUUAACAAUCUGAUGACCUGAUGACUAACUCUCUGGUUGGUGCAAUCGAGAAGCGUCGACAAGUUGAUGUCGUGUAUAGCGACUUCUCUAAGGCGUUUGACAAAGUUCCGCAUGGUCUAGCUGUCACAAAACUGAGCCGCUUCAGUCUUCCUUCGUGAAUUGUUCGCUGGAUAGAAUCGUACCUUUCGUCCAGGAAAACUUUCAUGAAGGUUCAUCCAAUGCGUUUCACCUACCGUCCGGGCUUCCUUAGGGUAGUCACCUUGGACCUCUCAUCUUUAUACUAUUUAUAAACGAUGUAUGCGACCACCUAAGCUGCUGCAAGCUCUUGUAUGCAGGUGACUUAAAACUCUACCGCAUUAUCAGGACGAUUGUUGAUUGCCUUGCUUUGCAAGCUGAUAUUGAACGCUUGUCAUCGUGGUGUAAAAUGAACGGAAUGUUGGCAAACCCAGCCAAAUGCAAAGUCAUCACUUUCAGCCGAAGUCGAACAUCGGUCACGUUUGAAUAUUCAAUGAAUGAUUCACCGCUUGUGAGAGUAGGCUCUAUCAAGGACGUUGGGCUGCUUUUAGACAGGAAAUUGAGAUUCAACGAGCACAUAUCGAUGACAGUAACUGAAGCGAACUCCAUGCUUGGCUUCCUAAGAAGAAAUACAGCGCAAUUUGACGACGUACAUGCCAUGAAGUCACUGUAUUGCUCUCUGGCUCGCAGUGAGCUAGAGUAUGGAGUGCAAAUCUGGGCCCCGUAUCAUAGUGUGCACGUAACACGUAUCGCAAAAAUCCAGAAACAAUGGCAAGGUAGCUUAGUUUCAUCAAAAUUUACAGUUUUUUUUCGAUUUCGGUCUCGAGAAGCAUAUGACAUUUUCGAGAAAUUCCAGUAGAAUAAGCUGCCGUAAUCCCGCAAAGUGACACAAGCGCCAGAGGGAGAAAUUUUCAGUACGAGACUUUUCGCAAAAUUGCAUGUACAAUCAGCAUACGCGUACAUUACGAAAAUCUGAUCUGUACAAAUUGUGUACAAUUGAUAGAAAAACAUUGCCAUCGGCUCGAUUUUGAAAUUUGAAAUUGAAGCUAUGUUACCAACACCGCUUUGUUGUGGAAACAGCAAAUUUUAAUCGCUGUUUCCACAACCGAUUGGCGUUCAUCCAUCGAAGUAUGGGAGAAUCUGUUUCCAAAUAUUUUCUACAACAUGCCACCGUUGAGUGGAGCAUGAGGUAGCAUCAGGGAGAAGAGUUGUACACAUUUUCCGUCUUUGUAGCGUGUGUCGAGCGGGCCAACGUAGUUGAGAACCCGAUUGUAACUACUAUGGACAGCACCUUCUUUUCCAAUCCAAAAUGCAAUUGAAAACAUCCGUGUUGAAUAAGAUAAUGCCGUCCGAAAUUAUCCGAUGUGAAGCAUAUACAGUUUACGCGAGGAUGUUUUGAGUUUUGUUAUAAGAUGCGUUUCGAUGGAGAUUUUAGAAGAGUGCAGCUGUUCAGCAAAUCCGAUAUUUACCCUUCGAUCAACUCUCAGCUUCAAUUCAUCCGAAAAAGACAUUGAUCAAGUGAGGUAAGUAAACAUCGUCAAGAUGCUUUGUCUCUUGAUUGAUGUUGUUAUUUGAAAUUCAUUGUCCCUUCUCGUUCGUUCUAUGCCAAUUUUGGCGCUUGCGUCACUUUGCGAGAUCACGGCAGUAAGUGUAUUAGUAGUGUGAGUAUUACUCUGCAGUUAGGCGUUGGCAGCUCUGAAUUAGUUAGUAAAGCCCUGUCGAUUUAGAAUUGGUACACCUUCAAUUGAAUAUAUCCCACAAUCUAUUUGAUUUAGAAUAAGACGUUAUUAGAAGAACAUGUAAUAUGUUUAUUGCAGUUUAAAGGUAGCUUUCGACUUUGAACAUUUCGGAACAGUUUCGGCUUAUCUAAUCGAUUGAUUUUUCCAGUAUUUGGAAGUAGCAAUUUUAACCAGUUUUCCAUCCUUCUUGGGUUUAGUUUUGAUGAUAGGGAAGCCGCGGGUAAGACGGACAGUGGGAGUAUGAUGGACAGGUGGUUGAUUUGUAUAGUUGCAUUAUGAAUUUAAAAUUUCUGUUUAUGGGAAACCCUUCUACAUGCUAUUCUAUAAUAUUUAAACCAUCCAAUGACAAUGAAUAUUGAUCAAAAGUGGAAUAGAGAAACAAAAACCGCACCGAUAAAAAUGUUGUACUUUUCGGCUUGUUUUAAUUUCAGUAAAAAACAUGGAAAAACAUAUUUUUAUAAAACAU